UUAAACAAUUUAUUACUAAUCGUGUGUUACUAAAUUAAACAAAAGUAAAUAAGAAUACAAAGAGCACUUCAUAAAAGUCUGCUUCGCUUCGGCAGAAAUCAUUAAGAGAUUACUAUUAGAUUACUCUUUUACAACGCUUGCAUUGUCUACCUACUUUUUGACACAAAGUAUGCAGUGUUUGUUUGUUUUACUACCCAUAAAAAUAAAAAAUACCACUUUCAAUUUGAAUUACACCGGAAAUUAUUUAACCUGUGAUAAGAUAAACCGUUUUGCUUUACAUCAUUUUGUAGUAGUGUACAUAAAUGAUUAUGACACCAGACAAGACAAAGUAAGAAUUGUUUUUUAUAGUACCUACUCGUAUUCGCACAUGAUUAGUAGUGAAAUAUAAUCUAAGGACUCCCUAUUCAUAUCCAUUUAUAAAAUCUGAUAUAAGAUCAUGCCAUUGCCUUGCCCCAUUUACUUCUGCAGUAGGAUUAUUUUAUAUUUAAUUCUUUCAGUUCAAGUUCAAGUUUAAAGUGCACGCGUGUAUGUUAGCUUUGUUUAGUUUGUUAUUGUUUUGCUAUUGCAACUGCAUGUGCGUCAAGGCCAAGACGAAUAAUGACACUAUUUCGUCAUUGAAAUUGGAUUUGGAUGGUGUCAUUGUGUUUGAUUUCUAUUUAACAAAACGACAACUGCAGAUGCAGUACUUUUCACUUAUGAUGGUGCAGAUGAAACACCCAUUUAUCUUUAUCUGUGCUUCUGAAAAAAAAUAAAGUAUUACGUUACGAUAAUUUUUCGCCAAAUCCGAUAUUUUUUUGUGUGGUAUAGAUGUACUAGUGGAGUUUUGCUGCUUGCUGCAUGGUGUAUUGACGUAUAGAGAAGUGCUUAUUGUUGUUCUUGUUCUUGUAAUUUGUGUGGCGUCGUACGUAGUGAAAUAUAAGAGGGUAAGUUGGUAGGUUAGUCAAUAACGGUAUAUCGAACAAUAUGAUAGUUGUUUAGAGAGAAAGAAGAAAGGCAUGGAAGAUAAGAAAAGGAAAAAGAGUGGUUGUGAAUUUCGAAAACGCAAAAGGUUAGAAGAAUUGCAUCAAUCGGCCAAAAGCUGUAAUAAAUUAACCAAUUUGUGGACCAACCUUCCCUCAAAUACUGUUCAAGGAAAAGAAGAAAAUCUCAUUCCCAAACCUAGCGUCAGCGGAAUAUUAUCUGUUACAAGUGAAACUACAGUUGCUUGUUCUACAAUAGAUCUAGAUCUUAUUCCAGCAUUAGACGUUUCUUGUGAACAAAACACUUUUCCACCAUCAAGAAUUAAAUUAAGUCAUGUAGAGGUAGACGUAGAAGUAUCACAAUCUGUUUCUGUGUCGGAUUCUGAUGACACCCUAGUAGAUUACUUUAAAAAACCCGUGGGUAACGAUCUUUCAGGGUUUUUUUCUUACCAUCCUCGCCAACCAAAGGAAGAAGAUUUACCUUUUUCAGAAAAAAAACCAAUAUUCUCCAUUAAACAAGGCGAUGGACUUUCGUUUCAAAGACAGUGGCUAUCAUACAAUGAAGUAAAUAAAAAGUUGUAUUGUUUCAUCUGCUUGGUCUAUAGUAAGAUGAAUUCAAGUUUUUGCACCGGAUUUGAUGAUUGGAGACACGUUCAUCAGAGAAUAGAACAGCAUGAAGCCUCUAAAGCGCAUUCCGAGUCCGGAGCUUUGUUUAUGGCAGCAAAGCAGAAAAAAUCUACUCGUGAUCUACUUUUUAAUAAUCAAUUGGAAAAUAGGAGGAAGGAAGUGAUGGAAAGAAGACAUAUAGUAGAAGUCAUUGUCGAUGUUCUGAAAUUAAUAGGAAAACAGGGCCUUGCAUUCCGAGCAUCAACUGAACAAGCGCACACAUUCGAUGAUGAAUUGAUAAAUCACGGAAAUUUUUUAGAAAUCAUAUUUCCGCUCGGAAAAUAUGAUUCAACUUUAAAAAAUCAUUUGGAUAGUAUUACUAAAAAAAGUAAACAAUCGUUAACAGCAAGAGGGGGUGAAACUGGAAAGAAGAAGAAGGCUGGAAGAGGAGGUUUUGUUACAUUUCUCAGUAAUAACACUGUUAUGAAAAUAAUCAACAUCAUUCGAGACGAAAUGAAGGAAAGGAUAUCGGCAAAUAUUAAGGAGGCAGUGAAGUACUCGAUACUAAUGGACACAACUAUAGACAUUUCAGGCAACGAUCAGUGUGCGUUUGUUGUUCGAUUUGUUCAUGGACGUGAAGUAGUUGAAAGAUUGUUAGUUAUCAUUACAAUGUGUCACGUCAACUACGGCCGCAGCGCUAUUGGAAUCGUUAAGUAAAACUCUGGAACAAUUGGGAAUUUCUAUAGAAAAUUGCGUGGCAGAUGCUUUCGAUGGCGCAUCAAA